AUGAAAAGUAGAAACAAUAUUCAUCAUAAAAAGAAAAACAAAGUUAAUAAUAGCAUCGAAGAAUAUAAGGACGUAAUACCAGAUAUUGAAAUUCAAAUUGAAAACUUAUUAAAGAAGUUUCAUAUCAUAAAAUAUGAUUAUAAAAUUACUCAUUUUUUAAUUGAUAUAAUACAAAAUGAAUCACUUAAAAUAUUAAAGAAUGCCAAACAUAUAAAGAAGAAUAUAUAUUUUAAUAAUCAUAAUAUAAAUGAUGAUAAUAUAAAUGAUGAUCAUACAAAUAAUAUUGAUAAUAAUAAUGAUAAUAUUAAUAAUGUGAAAGAAAAUGAGGAUAUAAAAGAUGACACAUUAUAUGAAGAAAAAUAUAUACAAGAAGAGGAAGAAAAAAUUGAUGAUAUAAAUAAUAAUAUAGAUAUGCAAAAUAUAAAUGAAAAAAAUUCACCUAAUGAAUCUAAUUCACAAAUAUUAAAUGAAUUAUUUGACAAUUUUAAUGAGGAUAGUGUUAUAGAAAAAAGCUCACAUAUUGAUAUAGUUGUUAAUAAUACAGAGAAAGAAAAAGUUAACAUUAAUGAUGAUGAUAUAAUUGAAGAUAAACAAAUUGAUGAUGAUGUAAUUGAAGAUAAACCAAUUGAUGAUGAUAUAAUUGGAGAUAAACCAAUUGAUGAUGAUAUAAUUGGAGAUAAACCAAUUGAUGAUGAUAUAAUUGGAGAUAAACAAAUUGAUGAUGAUAUAAUUGGAGAUCAACCAAUUGAUGAUGAUAUUUCAAAUAAACUGGAAUUGUCAUUAUCAGAUAUUUUUAAUACUGUCGAAUGUACCAGUAAUAAUAUCCAAGAACAAGAAAAUAAAGACCAAUUAAAUAAUAAAGAUAUACUACCCAAUAAUAAAAAUGAUAUUAAAGAAAAUAAUCAUAUUGUUAUAGAUAAUUCUAUAAACUAUAAUAUCAAUAAUAAAAAAAAUUUACAAAAUAUUGUUAAUAAUAAAAAUAAAAUACAUAAUGAUGUAUUAAUAAUUGAUGAAGAAAGUGUAAAUCUAGCCAUUAAAGAAUAUAUCAUCAAAACCAUUUAUAGAAAAAAAAAUGUAGAUUUCUUAUAUGAAAAAUUGGAAUGUCAACAAAAAGAUAAUCUUAUGAUUAAUAGAAAUAUAAAAUAUCCAUCCGGCCUUCCUCCAUAUUUACCAGAUGAUUGUUCUGUUAAUACCAUACUACCAUCAUGGGAUAUAAAAUAUAACUUCAAUUCUUCAAAAAGAAAGAUUAAAAAAUAA